UGCUAUUGGCCAAGGCCAAAUCCUACCCACUCCAGAAUCCGGAAGGCUGAGAUUCCUGACAAAGAAGUCUGGGAUAGGCUGCCAAUUCGGGUUUUCAGGAAAACAUUGACUGAAGACUUUGACAAGGCCCUUCAAUACGAAAAACAAGCUGAAAUGUUUUCGAGCCCAGAAGAAGAAGUGUCAACCAAACGGAGCUACAUCACCCCUGAACGUUAUAGAAACGAUGAGGAAGAUGUGUUUGAUGCUGGCGACGAAGAGGAAAUUCGGCCAAAAAAGAAGUGCAGAAAAGAGAAACCACAGAUCCUCGUCCAGGCACCCCCACUGCCAGAGCUCCCACCAUUUAACUUUCCAAUCUCCAGCGAGUACCAGACUACUUCAGCCAGUACCAGCCAAUACCAGACCACUCCAAGGCAUCCAGGCCGACCUCACAGCCCAGCGAGAAGCAGCACUUCCAGGCUCAGUCCAGACAGGAAUAAUGCAUCCAGCUCAAUUUUCCAGUUGAACAUGAAAGUUCAAAAUAUACUUGAGAACCAGGGAGAAAUUAUGCGCAUGCUGAGAAGGCUGGCAGCACAGUCUGUGGGGCCAGAGGCUGUGGAUGUUCAAGAUCUCAUUGAGAAGCCUUUCGAGACUCUUGAGCAGCUGAAGGCCUUCUGUGAACGGCUCGACACUGAUCUUCUGCUCAGAAAGCAGCUGGUGAAAGCUUACUGCUCUUGGUGGGCAGAAUUUGGCAGACACGGUGAGGACAAUGCUGAGGAAAAUUGCCACAAACAAAGUCCUGGAGCAGCUUGGCCUCCGUGGAAAGACAGGAAAAGUGGCGUUUGAGGACUUGCCCCUUUACAGAAUAAUAAAUAAGGCAUGCAGGGGUGUUUACAAGCAGACGACCACAGCUGAAGUGGAUUGUGAGCUUGGAGAGGUCCUGAACUGGCCACUUUUCGAAAGGGAGGUUCAAAAUUUGAGGAGAAGAGGAGGAAUUAAGAGGGAGGGCAAAAAAGGAAAAAGAAACAAGCAAAAGAACAGAGAUAGUGACAGUGAGAUGAGUGACCAGGAAGCGACGGCGAAGAACAAGGAUAAAGCCAAGAAAACGGACAGUGACAUCUCACUGUCCGUUUACCUGGUCACUCAUCUCACUAUCACUCGAGUGACAGUGAGAUGAGUGACCAGGUAAAUGAUAAAG